AUGGAUGCCCUCAGCGCAGCAAAUGUUGAAUUUUGUCUGGAUGUCUUCAAGGAGCUGACCUAUAACCACGCAGGAGACAAUGUCUUCUUCUCGCCGCUGAGUCUUCUUUACGCUCUUAGUGUGAUCCUCCUGGGAGCCAGAGGAAACAGCGCAGGGCAGAUGGAGAAGGUGCUUCACUUUAAUCAUAUUGUAGAAUCAUCAGGACCAGAGUUCAAGGACUUGGCUAAGUGCAGCCGAGCUGGAAGGAUUCACUCAGAGUUAGGAGUCCUUUUCUCCCAGAUCAAUCGGUCAGACUCCAGCUAUAUCCUCAGCAUCGCCAACAGACUCUACGGGACAAAGGCGAUGGCAUUCCAUGAGCAAUACUUACACUGUUCUGAGAAAUUGUAUCAAGCCAGGCUGCAAACUGUUGAUUUUGAACGGUCUGCUGAAGAAACAAGGAAAACCAUCAAUGCUUGGGUUGAAAGCAAAACUGAUGGAAAAGUCACUAACCUCUUUGGAAAAGGCACGAUUGAGCCCUCCUGUGUCAUGGUCCUGGUGAAUGCCAUAUAUUUCAAAGGACAAUGGCAGAAUAAGUUUCAGGAACGAGAGACAUUUAAAACCCCUUUUCAGUUAAGUAAGGGUAAAAGUGUAACUGUGGAGAUGAUGUAUCAGACUGGGAAGUUUAAAAUGGCUCUCAUUGAGGAACCACAGAUGCAGGUUUUGGAGCUGCCCUAUGUCAACAACACACUCGGUAUGAUCAUUCUGCUUCCAGUGGGCACGGCUGACAUAGACCAGGUAGAAAAGCAGCUGAACUCGAAGACCUUUCAGGAAUGGACCAACCCGUCCAACAUGGUGGAGAGGGACGUGGAAGUGCAUCUCCCGAGAUUCAAACUGGAGAUCAAGUACGAGCUCAACUCCCUGUUAGAGUCCCUCGGCAUGACAGACAUCUUCAGCCGGGUCAAAGCAGAUCUUUCUGGAAUGUCACCAGGCAAGGGCCUCUUUGUAUCAAAGGUCAUCCACAAGUCCCACGUGGAGGUCAGCGAGGAGGGCACAGAGGCAGCCGCGGCCACUGGCGACGUCCUGGCAGUAAAAAGACUUCCCGUCCGAGCUCAGUUCCUGGCGAACCGCCCCUUCCUGCUCUUCAUCAGGCACUUUCACACCAACAUGAUUCUCUUCUGUGGCAAGCUGGCCUCUCCCUGA